AUGAGACUCCUCAAGGUUAGCUCACUUACCUUCCGAGAGUUUUUUGAGCCGGAUGUACCGAAAUAUGCUAUUCUGUCUCAUACUUGGGAGAAAGAAGAAGUCCUAUUUGAAGAUAUCCAUCUCAAAGAGCAAGCGAGGAGCAAGAUUGGGUACAAGAAAGUUGUGAAAGCAUGCAAUCUUGCCAGAUCACAAGGUUACAAGUACAUCUGGAUUGACACGUGCUGCAUUGAUAAAUCAAGCAGCGCCGAACUCACCGAGGCAAUCAACUCUAUGUAUCGUUGGUACAAGGAGUCUGACGUGUGUUACGCCUUUCUUAGCGAUGUAUCCGGGCGAGAUUUUGAAAUAUCGGCCCCUGAUGAGUUGCGUGAGAGCCGUUGGUUCACGAGAGGCUGGACAUUACAAGAGCUAAUAGCCCCAGAUAAUGUUGAGUUUUACGGCUCCGAUUGGCAGAGCAUUGGGAACAAAAAGAAUGAUACCCUCUGUUCUAUCAUCGCAGACAUAACUAAGAUUGACGAGGGUGUCCUGAGAGGGAAGGAUAUUUUCGAUAUCAGCAUUGCGAGGCGGAUGUAUUGGGCUUCCGGACGCGAAACUACGAGAAUUGAAGAUUUGGCCUACUCUCUGCUGGGGAUCUUUGAUAUCAACAUGCCAUUGAUCUAUGGAGAAGGUCAUAAAGCCUUUCGAAGAUUGCAAGAAGAGAUAUUAAAGACAACGGAUGAUCAGUCUAUCUUUGCUUGGUACAAUUACACGUUGGACGGAUCUCCAGUCGACAUUCUAGCUCAGUCUCCUUCCGAUUUCUCUGAAUCCGGACGUAUCUCUCCUUAUACGCCAUUCAGGGUAAAUAGAAAGGCGACUGCUAUAACAAAUCAAGGAAUAGCUGUUGAACUCCCAAUACUAUCUUUGCCAAGCCCACUACAUACGGAACAUUCCCCGUUCGAAGAGAUCGAGGCCAUACUGGAUUGUCAGUUGGGUAGCACUCCAGGAACCUUCCCAACUAUUAGGCUACGAUCAGUCGAAAGGGGAGGAAAUCGUAUUCAACGCCACUAUUAUCGUAUAAUGGGGGAAACGACAAGUGUGAAAGAGAAUAUCGAUCUCGACCUUCUGACUAAAGAUGUAGUGGGAUUCGACCCCACACAGCUAGAUCAGGAUCUCUACAAGGAUGCAAGAGAGAAUCUCGUUUGGAACUGUAAGAUAGAGACUAUUAUUAUCACUCGGCGAACUCCUAAGCCAAACCAAGUUGAUACUGCACACAUUCCAUGGUCGCUUUCACUUCUAGCUAGCGAAUAUCCUCCAGAUGACACGCCUUUUUGGCUUGCAUUGUUCUGCCCAAGUACACUUACCGUGGAUAUUGCAGAUAUCUAUCCGAAGCAAAGAUGGGAUAAAUCAUUAAGACAGAUGCGAGUGUCCUCAAUACCACAGAUACAAUAUGGAUUAGGACAGGUGCGUCGCAUUGAGGGAGCUAUUAACCUUAAUGUUCGUUUUGAAUCUUCUGCAAGCUCUUUUGCGGAGAGAAUAACUCUCAUAUUAGGACGUAAGUCCUUUGAUAGAAGAGAUUCGUACCUCAAACCUUGGUGCCGGAUAUAUAAACCACAAAUGGACGCGGCUCAAAUUCCCGACUACGUGCAGAACUAUAAUAGCCUAGACAGAGCCGUAACCCAAAUCUUCCCGAGCGGUGAGCUGCCCGAGUCGACGCCCGAGUCGACGAGUAUCAGAAUCUCAGAAAUAGAUCCGCAGGUCUUACUCAAUGUUAAGGUCCGCAUAAUGGAGGUGUCUGGGCGGUUUUACUAUAUUGUUAAUGUAGUAUAUUCGUGGGACGAAGACUACUACUAUGGAGGAAUGCGGUUGUUAGAAUAACGACAGUCAUAUGUAUCAGUGUAUAGACGGCCUGACAGGGACUCAUAAAUAUCAUUUCAGUUCUACAUAUUAAAGUUUUGAAGAUGGACUGAUAUCACUGAAUAACAAAGUUGAAGCAAAAGCUUUUCUGUUACUUCCCCGGUGGUGUAAUUAGAGAGUCGUCCUCGCUUAUGUUUUGUGUAACUUAUCCUCAGGCCUAGGGGCAAUUUUGAAAACCACAUAAACCUCCGCCGUGCAAUCUUGCCCAGUCUACAUCUACUCUGGGGUCUUCAAUGCAGACUUGAUACAGGAAUCAAGGAUUCAGUUGAAGUGCUGCAAGAUACUAACAGUGUUCUAAUCGAGGUAUAUUCACUAUAUAGUUACUACAACGCUGAGUGAUGAUAAAGGUGUAAUUAACCUUUUUAUAGCUGAAGUAUGAUUAUCGCAUUGAGUAGGACUCGUGGAAAUCGGGAAUUAGUAAACUAACUCAGAAGACCCAGGAGUGAGGCGUAUGUGCCGUGUGUUAAUAUUAAGUUCAAUUUCUCGCAGACUGUUGGUGUCCUGACAAUCCUUUCUUUUUCAUUGUUGG